AUGGAGGAGAACAGAUGGUUUUUGUCCAUCAUUCAAAAUGAAUUCAGGGCUGGAAGGAUUGAUUUAGAGAGCACAAUGAGGCUGCUUGAAAAACUGCAAAUGCCUUUUGAUUAUGCACAUGUAAAACACGUUUUCAAGAAAACAACUGACAAACGGAAGGAACAUACCAUUAACAUAGAAGACUUCAGGGCAAUUUACCGAACUAUUGUACACAGGCAGGAAUUUGUUGAACUUUUCCGUGUUUACUCUCCAAACUGCAAAAUUAUAGCUCACACUGAGCUCAUUGAAUUCCUCAGAAAAGAACAAUAUAACACUGAUGCUUGUGAAGCAACUGCCUUCGAAAUUAUUUUGAAGUAUGAACCCAUUGAAGAAGUGAGGAAAAGAAGGCAGAUGUCGUUUGAAGGAUUUAUAAGGUACAUGAGCUCAGAAGACUGUUCGAUAUUUAAAAAAAAUCAGAGGACCGUCUAUCAAGAUAUGAACUACCCAUUAUGUGACUAUUUCAUUUCAUCUUCUCACAAUACCUAUUUGAUAUCUGACCAACUAAUAGGGCCCAGUGAUCUAUGGGGAUAUACCAGUGCUCUCUUAAAAGGAUGUCGUUGCCUGGAAAUUGACUGCUGGGAUGGCUCCAACAGUGAACCUGUUGUGUACCAUGGUCACACUUUGACAAGCAAAAUCCUGUUCCGUUCUGUAAUCCAAGUGGUGGAGCAGUACGCGUUUGUG